GUCAGUCAGCUGAGAGAGGAACAACCCGACAACAGAAAGUCAACCAGGAAGACGCCGACGCUGCUAAACUAACCUACCGGUCGAUCGCUCCAUCAAGCACCGUACUUAGUUUACGCCCGGAGUCGUUUUAGUUUGUCUCUAUAACCUUUAUAUUUUAUAUAAUAGUCUGUAUAAAGGCAGAACGAUGGCUUCCCUUUUCAAGAAGAAGAAGACUGUCGACGAUGUCAUCAAGGAACAGUCGAGAGAGUUACGCGGCACCCAGAGACAGAUCACAAGAGACAGAACAGCUCUGGAGAGGCAAGAGAAGCAAUUGGAAGCAGAGAUAAAAAAAAUGGCCAAGAGUGGCAACCGGGAGGCAUGUAAAAUCCUUGCUAAGCAGUUGGUCCAGCUGAGGAAACAGAAGAACCGCACGUACGCCGUCAGCUCCAAAGUCACCUCCAUGAAUACGCAGACCAAGCUCAUGAACUCCCAAAUGAAGAUGGCCGGGGCCAUGUCUUCCACCGCAAAGACAAUGCAAGCCAUCAACAAAAAGAUGGAUCCUCAGAAGACGAUGCAGAUGAUGCAAGAUUUCCAGAAGGAGAACAUGAAGAUGGACAUGACGGAGGAGAUGAUAAACGAUACCUUGGAUGACUUCUUGGAUGAGUCUGGAGAUGAAGAGGAAUCUCAGGACAUUGUCAACCAAGUUCUGGAUGAGAUUGGUAUUGAGAUCUCAGGAAAGAUGGUCCGAGCUCCGGCUGCAGGAAAGAACACCCCCGAUGCCGCCGCCGCCUCGUCCAAACAACCUACCAUGUCUGACGAUGAAAUCGAGAGACAGCUCCGCGCCCUCGGCGUGGACUAACAGCUUCUGAUCUCUUUCAUAUGGCGACUGACGCACUGACUUUGACACAGGUUAAAUGGUUACACACACACACUGACACGCAUCGACAGACAUUUUACCGUUUUGUCGAUUGCUCUACUUCUACUCAAAUAUUUAUUACGACAUUAGAGAGCUGGCUGAACGAUCUGCGCUCGACUGGAAAAAAGCCGGAUGCCGCCUGCACUCUUGUUCACAGUGCAGCUCGUUUUCUUCGGAAGGGCUGCAGCGCAUACUUAUGCAAAUCAUCUUCUAUCUUUGCUGAAACUUGACUCUAUACAAAAUCAUAUACUACAUAUUUCUUUGCUUCCAAUUAGUCGUAUUCCUUUUUUGGGAGUGUAAAAUGCACACAAUGAGUGAAGCCUCACAGGUUGAAACCUCAGCUUCACAUUAAAGUAAUUGGUGAAUCAACUCUGUACAGAUUGUGACACUUUUGACUAUUGGUACUAACUGAAGAUGUUGCUGUUUGCUGUAGAGCAUUCUAUGCUAAUUGAGGAGGGGUUUUUUUUUUAGGAGGGGGGGUUCUCUUGGUUGGUCUUUAUCUUCUUGUAUAAAUCACACAAGUUCUUCAGGGAUUGCAGGUUGCCGCCUGUCCUGCCAUCUCGCUUCCCUUUUAGCUGCUGUGCAGUUAUGCAUUUUCAUUGUUUUUUUUGACGAGCUGCCUGUUGUCCAAAACACACACACACACACUGCAAAGAGAUUGUCACUGUGAUAACAGAGGUGUUCCUGCUCAUUAUGAUCUUUGAGUGACCAUGAGUAACACGGAAACAUUUCUCUUCUGUCUUAGGGCAUUUUUUUGCUUUGUUACGUUUCCCUAGAUUUUUUUUUUUUUUUUUGCAUGUAUCUCUCAUGCACAACAAACGAGUUUAAUAAUUCAGUCAUACAUUUGUAAACAUCUUUGAGAAGAUUCAUUGAGCAAAAACAUCUUUGAACUUUCGAUUGCUUGGGAGGUUUUAUUUUGUGUGUAUGUGCACUUGUUUCCUUAAUUACUGGACUGUGUAAAUGGGAUUUUAUAAGUAAUAAAAUUUCUUCUGGUACAA